AUGGUUGGAAAGGUGUCGGAGAGAGUCCUCCUACGGGAGGGCCUUGAACGAACCGACAAUGGCAUGAAGCUGACCACCUGGCCGGAUGUGACGCCCAUCAACCAAAAAAACUACUAUACAGAUUACAUGAAGCGAGAUGACCAGGUUCUCGCAUUACGACUCCAAAACGAUGCCACCCGCGACAAGCUCGUCCAGAGUGCGCGCGACCGCGAUCGAUAUCUGUCGAAGCCCGCUAAUGGCGAGGUUCCGCUCCCCAUUUCCAACCUGGCCGACGACGAAGACGGCGUUGCGACUCCCUCGGGCGCCACUGAUCCAUCGCGCAUCGUCGUCAUCCACCCCGGCAGCCAGAACCUGCGCAUCGGCUUCGCCAGCGACGCCCUGCCCAAGACCAUCCCAACCGCUCUCGCCACCAAGUUUGAGCGAACUGAAUCCGAAAUUUACGAGGCUCUGCCGCGACGCCAUUUCGAAGCCAAAACCCCCGAGCAGCAGUACGGCGAGGAGUGGUCCAAAAAGUACCAAAAAAUGUGCGCCGACCUCAAGGUUGAGAUGCGCCAAAACAAGCGCAAGGUGCUGCCCAACUCCAAGGAACUCGUGCAGACCUUUAACCGACGAACGGAGCCCGAAAUCAUCCAGCAGCACAACGACCCGCUGGAAGUGGCAUGGACCGACGUAAAGAAACUGAAAAAGACUGACUUUGAGGCCGAGUGCUUCAUUGGCCACGAAGCCCUGCGCGUUCCCGACGACUCGGAUCCCAAAUUCAAAAUAUGGUGGCCGCUUCAGCACGGAUGGUUGAACGAAGACGGGUACGCGAGCCAGGAGCACCUGUACGACGACUUUGAGACGCUACUCGACAAGGCACUUCGACAGGAACUCGGCCUGAGGACCAACAGCGAGUGGCAGCAGUACAGCUGUGUCUUCAUCAUCCCCGAUCUUUACGACAAGAAGUACGUCGAGCAAAUCUUGCACUCCUGCAUGACAUGGUUCGAGUUUAGCAAAGUCUGCUUUGUCCAGGAGAGCAUGGCGGCUACCUUUGGCGCUGGCUAUACACAAGCCUGCGUUGUCGAUGUCGGCGCUCAAAAGACAUCCAUCACCUGCGUGGAGGAUGGUCUCUGUAUAGAGGACUCGCGUGUCAAUCUCAAAUACGGCGGCUAUGAUAUGACUGAUACAUUCAUCAAGAUGAUGCUAUACGACAACUUCCCCUACCAGGAGAUUAACCUGCAAAAGCGAUCCGACUUUUUGCUGGCCGAGGAGCUCAAGAUCAAGCACUGCACCAUGUCGCAAGCAGAAAUCUCGGUGCAGCUAUACAACUUUCACGUCCGCGCUCCCAACGAGCCUACACGCAAAUACGCAUUCAAGACCUACGACGAAGUCAUCCUCUCGCCGAUGGGCGUCUUUGACCCAUCCAUUUUCGAUAACAGCACCAAGCUUCGCGGAAGACGCAAGCUGAUUGAGCGCUCGUACAACUCAUACGAGGUAGACAUGCCGGAUGACCCUGUCUCGGCCGCACAGCUCGCCAUUCUCACCCUUGUCCAACCGUCACUCGUCUCCAACGAACCCCAGUCUCAGGAAGUGUCCACGCCUAUGAAGGAGCGCCCGGGCUUUAGCUUCAAGAGCGAUGCCAACGGCACACCCAUGGCCUCGCACGCCGGCUCUCCCGCCCCCGAGGGUUCCGGCACGCCCGCGCCCUUCAUCUUUGGCGCCGGCAAGGACCUCAACGGCGGCAGCCCCGCACCCGGCGGCGGCGGCGGCGGCGGCGCUUCGCAGCCUCCUGCUGGCCUAUUUUCCGAGUCGCAGGAGCGCACCGCCGAGGACGUGGCCGCCGAGCGCGACGCCGUACUGCCCGUGGCCCCCCUCGACAUUGCCAUCCUCACCAGCAUCCAAAACGCCGCCAAGGGUGACGAGAAGAAGCUGCGCGACCUGCUCGGCAGUAUCAUGGUCAUUGGCGGCGGCGCCAAGAUUCCGCAAUUUACCGUCGUGCUCGAGGAGAAGCUCAAGGCGCGACGGCCCGACCUGACGGAGCGCAUCCUCGUCAGCCGCAGCGCAAAGGACAUGGACGAGCAGGUCGUCGCGUGGAAGGGCGCGAGCGUCUUUGCCAAGCUCCCAGCCAACGAUUCGUGGAUCACGCCGUUUGAGUUUGAGCGUCUGGGGCCGCGGACGCUGUACCACAAGGUGCUAUGGGCCUGGUGA